UCCUCCGGUGCCUCCUCCGAUGGCUCCUCCUGAGAUCCCCGCCGCUGUUCAUUCCGAUCUCAUGGUGCCACCUACUGUUCCCUUCUCGCAGUACACUGUCGAGGAUAUUCUCGGUAUGCCAGGCAGAGCUGGUUUACCAAUCAUAGACCCCGACAGACCCGACGAGACUUUGUGGUUUGGGGUUGACAAUUGCCUUGCGACAGAUGUAACCGAGACGAUUAAAGGUUACUUCUCCAUGGCGCAUCCAAACUGGAAAUUGACGCCGAUCUACAUCCGAAAGACGUGGUUCAAGAUUUACGCUCAAAAGUAUCAUUGGUCCAUCGGGGUCAGUGAGAGAGUGAGGAAGGCGUUUUACGAGAAGGCGCAAGUUCGCUUGUCGGACACGGUUUGCAACUGGAAGGGUGCCUGGAUCGUCAAGAGGUACACCCGUGGCAAACCCGCUGAGCUUACCACGGAUGUUUGGGACGGCCUCAUCCGUUACUGGAAGGAUCCCAACUCCAUUAGGAUCGCAAACAUUUGUGCUACCGCCCGUAACACGGUAGACGAGCACGGUAACGGCCCGAUGCAACACUCUACGGGCCAAAAACCCCAUGCCGGUGUCCGUUUGCAAAUGAUGCGUCUUAUUAUCAAUGAUCUUGUUAAAGAUUGCUAG